AUGAGAAAAGCUCCUUUCUUUAUUGGAUUGUUUCUUGGAGCAUAUACUGGCGCAAUAUUCAGAGAAGAGUAUUAUUUUCCUACGUCUGAAAGAAUAAAGCAUGCAAUUGCGGUAUUUAGAAAGAACCAAGAAGCUAUAAUCGAAGCCACAAAGUUGCCAAAUCCUGGUCAAAACCCUGAACCUAUUGUGGAAAAGAAGGAAGAACAAAAAAAGUAA